AUGGUGUCGUGUUUUCAGGAUCCCUCUCAGAUCAGCCUCAGUAAUGCUACGCUUCUUGCCUUGCUAGCCAAGGUGGAGAGCCCGGUAAACAUGGCCCAAUUCAGGCCGAUCGGUCUUUGCAACGUGAGCUAUAAAGUUAUCGCUAAAUGCCUAGCCAACCGUCUGCAGAAACUCAUGCCUGAUCUAGUGGAUGAAACCCAAACAAGAUUUGUCCCUAAAAGACACAUCACGUACAAUAUAAUCAUCCUGCAGGAAGUCAUCCACACAAUGUCCUUGAAGAGAGGGAAGAAGGGCCUCAUGGUACUCAAGGUCGAUCUCGCUAAGGCUUACAACCGGAUAAACUGGUCCUUCCUCCGAAGCACCCUUGAGGCGGCUCGACUUUCAAAUGAUUUUAUUGAACUGGUCAUGGCGUGUAUAACCACUAUCAUCAUCCAAGUCCUUUGGCACGAAAGCUGCUCUGAAGAUUUUAAACCGACUCGCGGCCUACGUCAGGGAUGUCCCCUCUCUCCUUACAUUUUUACUUUAUGCAUGGAACGCCUAAGUCACUGCAUUAAGGAAUUGGUUGCUAGUGGUUCUUGGAAUCCUAUUUAUUUGACCAAUAAUGGAACACCUCUAACCCACCUCUUUUUUGCAGAUGAUCUGGUGCUAUUUGGAGAGGCUAGCGUCAGCCAAAGCUCGCUCAUUUUGGAUUGCUUAGAACGCUUCUGCUGGGCGUCGGGAGAGCAAAUAAGCAAGGAUAAAUCUUGUAUCUUCUUCUCCAAGAACACAACAACCCAGACCAAAAACAGAAUCAGCCGGCAGAUGGGUAUAUCCCAUACUAACAACAUGGGAAAGUAUUUGGGUGUUCCCGUUAUUCAUGGAAGAUUUACUCAAGGAACGUACAAGUACAUAUUGGAGAAGUUGGAUAAGCGCUUGAUAAAACUAGGGUGGACCUUUCUCAACCAUGAAGAUCAGUUAUGGAUAAAGAUCCUGCAUGAGAAAUACGUGAAGCAGAACAAUAAUGGUUGUUCAGUGAGGUUCUGGCAAGAUCCAUGGUUGGCGGAUGGCAUCAUUCUCCAAGAUCACAUUACCAGGGCGAGCCAGCUACCCAACUAG